GUGUCUAUGAAAGCUGAGCCCUGUGAGGAUGUGUGUAUAAAAGAAGAGACCACGUUCGAGGGAGUGUCUGUGAAAGCGCAGCCUUUGGACGAUGUGUGUGUAAAAGGCGAGUCGCCCGGCGUGAGCGCGGCGGAGGCGCUGUACACCGAUCACGUCAAGAAAGAUGAGCUCGUGCUCGUCCCCGUGCUAGUGGAGCGGCGCGGCGUGCGACAAACAACAGCUUUCAACCUGGGGGUAGGAGUGAAGCAGUCAUGUGAGACUGUCCCCGGGAGGCCCCUUCUGAGGGACUGUUGUGUGAGGCUGGAGCGUCUAGUUGUGGACACCCUGCACACUACUCGGAGCAGAGACCGGGCCGGCCGGAGACAAGGUAGCACUCUACAUCAGGAAGCUGAUGUAGAGUGCAGAUACAGAAACACCACCGUUGAGAAUGUUAAAGGAAACUAUCAAGGGCAAACUCCUCAGAUGAAACCAACUGGUAGACCUGAAAUAUACCAAUGUACCCACUGUGAAUAUGCAACAGCUAGACAAAUAUUGUUAAUCAGGCAUUUGAAAAAACAUACUAAUGCGAAACUAUACAAGUGUGGACACUGUAGUUAUGCUAGCAGCAUUAGAGGUAAUUUGAAGGUUCAUCUAAGAACACACACUGGCGAUAAGCCUUACAAAUGUGACCAGUGUAGUUAUGCUAGCAGCUGUAGAAGUAAUUUGGAGGUUCAUCUAAGAACACACACUGGCGACAAGCCUUACAAAUGUGACCGGUGUAGUUAUGCUAGCAGCUGUAGAGGUCAUUUGAAGGUUCAUCUAAGAAAACACACUGGUGAAAAACCUUACAAAUGCGAUUACUGUGGUUAUGCUAGCAGCUAUAAAAAUUCUUUGAAGGUUCAUCUAACUAAUCACACUGGCGACAAGCCUUACAAAUGUGACCAGUGUAGUUACGCUAACAGCAAUAAAGGUCUUUUGAAAGUUCAUCUAAGAAAACACACUGGUGAAAAACCUUACAAAUGCAAGCAGUGUAGUUAUGCAUGUGCAAAAAAAGCAAUAUUUAAUGUUCAUGUAAGAACACACACUGGCGACAAGCCUCACAAAUGCCACCUGUGUAGUUAUGCUAGCAGUAAUAAAGGUAAUUUGCAAGUUCAUCUAAGAAAACACACUGGUGAAAAACCUUACAAAUGUGAGCUAUGUAGUUAUGCUAGCAGCCAGAAAGGUCUCUUGAAAGUUCAUCUAAGAACACACACUGGCGACAAGCCUUACAAAUUUGAUCAGUGUAGUUAUGCCAGCAGAUAUAAAAGUGAUUUGAAGGUUCAUCUAAGAAAACAAGCUGAUGAAAAACCUUACAAAUGCAACCAGUGUAGUUAUGCUAGCAGCCUUAAAAGUCAUUUGAAGGCUCAUCUAAAAAGACACACUAGUGAAAAACUUUACGAAUGUGACCAGUGUAGUUUUGUUAGUACCCACAAAGGAAAUUUGAAUGCUCAUGUAAGAACACACACUGGCGACAAGCCUUACAAAUGUGAGCAGUGUGGUUAUGCUAGCCGUACUAAAGGUAAUUUGAAGGCUCAUCUAAGUAGAGUCCAUUUAAAGAAACACACUGGAGAGAAACAAUACAAAUGUGGUCACUGCAACUAUGCUAGUGAUGACAAAGAUGCUGUACGAAAACAUGAAAUUAUACACGAUGAUGAAAAGCGUCACACUGGAGAGAAACAAUACAAAUGUGGUCACUGCAGCUAUGCUAAUGAUGACAAUGAUGCUGAACGAAAACAUGAAAUUAUACACGAUGAUGAAAAGCGUCACACUGGAGAGAAACAAUACAAAUGUGGUCACUGCAGCUAUGCUAGUGAUGACAAAGACGCUGUACGAAAACAUGAAAUGAUACAUGAUGAUGAAAAGCGUCACAAAUGUGGCCAGUGUAAUUAUGCUACUAUUUAUAAAAUAAAUUUACUGGUCCAUAAGUGGAAACAUUCUGAUGAGAUACUUCACAAGAGACGCACGGAUCUCGAAGGGCAGCACAAAGAGUUAAUGUAUGCUGGAGCAGCGGCCAGCAGCAGGCGGCCCUCGCACGCCGCGCACGGCGACGCGCGUGACGCCGCGCACGACCACACUUACAGUGCCGCUCCACCAGGCCUUGAGAGCGGCCUCGACGUGUCGGACGCGGAGACCAAGAGAAAGACAGACGAAGAGAAGACCGCAUCGUUAUACACCGGAUAGGACUUGAUGCCAUCACGACAUUAGUAGAAUAAGGUCUAUCUUUAGAAAAACGCAGCCAUAGUUACACUGACCUACUAAUUAUUACACUGUAGGUUUUGUAAUGUUUUAGGAACAAUCAAAUAAUUUAAUUUCCUACCCAUUUUCUACUUUGUCACAGUGACAAUAGUAUGAGGUCUCUAGCGACUUUCAUAUUGAUUGUCACUGUGACAACUCCCGCUCUCAGCUCGGGUGGUUACCGAUCCGCCGACGCAGAGAUGUGCAUGUCGUGUCGUUGCUGUUCAAUAUACUCUUCAACCCCCGUUGCCCAUCUUACCUAACGGAAAGAUUUAACUAUCUGGCUGAAGGAAGUGAUCACCGUUCUAGCUGUAUUCUCACGCUUACUAUUCCACCUAAUAAGACGCGAACGUAUGCAAAUUCUUUCACGGUGCGCGCUGUGAAGUUGUGGUACGAGUUGCCCCUGUCGCUCAAGCGGUCCCAGUCUGUAAUGUCACUCAUGGUUAAUCAGAAGGAGCUUAUGUUAGUUUACUUUUUUUUAAUAUUACUGUACAUCCCGCAAGUUUGUCUAUCUGACCUGACUGGAGUUUUCCUCUCAUCUACUGGUAGGUCAGCUGGAAGAUAUCCCUUAUACGGAUAUGUUCGCCUUUGUACUGUAAUUUAUUUUUGUAAACCUGUGUUGUGACAAUAAAGUGAUUACUACAACUACAAGGUACGAAAGGGGUCGGAAAUUUAAUUCUUUGACUGUUCCUUAUCUACAUACUAGGCUUACAGAUGGCGUAUUGGUGGAAAAUAAUAAAUAAAUAAAUAAUAUUAUUAUAGGGAUAUUCUUACACAAAUUGACUAAGUCCCACGCCACGGUAAGCUCAAGAAGGCUUGUGUUGUGGGUACUCAGACAACGAUAUAUAUAACAUACAAAUACUUAAAUACAUAGAAAAACAUCCACGACUCAGGAACAAAUAUCUGUGCUCAUCGCACAGAUAUAUAAAAUAGUUAUGUAUUGUGUAGUUUGUUGUAAAUUUAUUUUAAUAUAGGAACUUCGACAUUACCUGUAGCUAAUUGACUUUUUAUAUAAACAUUUAGGGAAAAUAAGAACUGUUUUCGUUAUACUCUUUAUUUCUAGAUGUAAUAUUAUUUCUACGACUGUUCGCUAACAAACUGUCUCAGUUUGGCGAAAA